AGGUGGCUGUCACUUGCAGUUGGUGCUGGCGUGGGUUACCCAAAGCUGCCCUUGGCCCCGUAAGUCUGCACCCGUGGAGCAGUGGGGAGGAAUAAACCCACUCACCUCGCAGUAAGAAGUUCAUGAUUGGAAGAAGUACUCUGAAGUAUAUUUCCUGGAGUAAAAGAAUCCUGUUUAAUAGUUUCUGCUCUGCACCCAAAGCUCCAAUGAAGUACAUAUUGGUGACCGGGGGUGUGAUCUCCGGCAUUGGCAAGGGAAUUAUUGCUAGUAGUAUUGGCACCAUCCUGAAAUCCUGUGGGCUACGCGUAACGGCAAUAAAAAUUGAUCCUUAUAUCAAUAUUGAUGCUGGAACCUUUUCACCUUAUGAACAUGGAGAGGUUUUUGUGCUCGAUGACGGUGGUGAAGUUGACCUGGACUUGGGAAAUUAUGAAAGAUUUUUAGAUAUCAGCCUUUUCAAAGACAACAACAUCACUACUGGGAAAAUUUACCAACAUGUCAUUAACAAAGAACGCCGGGGGGAUUACCUGGGUAAAACAGUACAAGUGGUCCCACACAUUACAGAUGCCAUUCAGGAAUGGGUCAUGAGUCAAGCAAAGGUUCCAGUGGACAGCGACCAAAAAGAGCCACAAAUAUGCGUUAUUGAGCUCGGUGGAACUAUCGGAGACAUCGAAGGAAUGGCUUUCAUUGAAGCUUUCCGGCAGUUCCAGUUCAAGGCUAAGAGAGAGAAUUUCUGCAACAUACACGUCAGCCUUGUACCUCAGCCAACCGCAACAGGAGAACAAAAAACAAAACCAACUCAAAACAGCGUUCGUGCUCUGAGAGGACUGGGAUUAUCUCCGGACUUGAUUGUGUGCAGGAGCACCAAGCCGAUUGAGAUGGCAGUAAAACAGAAGAUUUCUAUGUUUUGCCAUGUGGAACCCGAGCAGGUCAUCUUCAUUCAUGAUGUUUCUUCAACUUAUCGAGUGCCAGUUUUACUAGAAGAACAAGCAAUUAUCAAGUAUUUCAAGCACAGGCUGGACCUUCCCAUUGAUGACCACCCAAGUACACAGCUUGUGAAAUGGAAACGAAUGGCUGACAGAUAUGAACGUUUGUUGCAGACAUGCUCCAUUGCUCUAGUUGGCAAGUACACCAAACUGAGUGACUCCUACACCUCCGUCUUUAAAGCUCUGGAGCACUCUGCUCUGGCCAUCAAUCACAAGCUUAACUUAAUGUACAUAGAUUCAGCAGAUUUGGAGCUAUCCACUAAAUCUGAAGAUCCAGUGAAAUAUCAUAAAGCCUGGGAACGCUUAUGCAAAGCAGAGGGUAUCUUGGUCCCUGGUGGAUUUGGAUUGCGAGGAACAGAAGGCAAAAUCAAUGCAAUAACCUGGGCUCGUGAAAGGAAGAUACCUUUCCUUGGAGUCUGCUUGGGAAUGCAGUUGGCAGUGGUGGAGUUCGCGAGAAGUGCUUUGAACUGGAAAGAUGCAAACUCUACAGAAUUUGAUCCAAAUACAAAGAAUCCAGUGGUUAUUGAUAUGCCAGAACAUCACCCUGGGGAUAUGGGCGGCACGAUGAGGCUGGGAAAAAGAAAGACUGUCUUUAACAAUAAUUCUUCCAUUUUAAGAAAGCUGUACCGCAACUCUGAUUUUGUAGAGGAACGUCAUAGACACCGUUAUGAGGUAAAUCCAGAGCUUACUCAGCAGUUUGAGGAGAAGGGCUUAAAGUUUGUUGGACAUGACACUGAAGGACAAAGGAUGGAAAUUAUUGAACUUCAAGAUCAUCCAUAUUUUGUCGGUGUGCAGUUCCAUCCAGAGUUUUCCUCCCGACCCAUGAAGCCUUCUCCUCCUUAUCUUGGUUUGAUGUUGGCUGCAUCUGGGAAACUGGCUUCAUACUUCCAGAGUGGCUGUAAAUUAUCUCCAAGCGACAGCUAUAGUGACCUCAGUGAAGAAAGCGCACCAGACAAUUAGCACAUUGAAUAUGCACCAGUUUAACUGGUUUCAUAGGAGCAUAUUAUUAUAUAAAACUGACUGGAUGACACAAAAAGAUGCCUAAAGUUCUGUUGAUUUGCGAACAACUAAAAUCACAGCUGAGCACAAAUCUGUCCUCGGACAUGAAGUCACAGAAAAACCUAAAAUGGGGGCAUGUCCAGUGACCGAGGAUACUUCUUACUCUCCAUGCUCUGAGUCUCUUCCACAAUGAUUGCCGGACCUUUUUUAAACU